CAGCCGAUUUGAAGUAGGGAAGAUCAAGGCGAGAGCCAAUAGUCAUAAAGAGGGCGAGAACAAACUCGACUUCAAUCUUUCAUUUCACACGAUGUCAAUUGAUGAUAUGAGACCUAACAACACCCGGGCAGUGAGAAAUGUAUUUUACUGUACCAGAGAGGAAGUUGUCACGGACGAUGACCACAAGCCACUACCUAUGAUAUCUGUGAUAUACAAGACUGCACAUGAUGGAAGUCAGGAAGCGGACAUACGUAUGGAAAAAGUCACUCUAAACUUGAAUGUUCCAUUCCUGCUACGUUUGCAAGAAUUCUAUGCUGUUUCCAUGGGAACUACUUCAGACUUACUUCCUCCGCCUUUACCUGGUGACCUUGACACUGAUGGAAGUCAUGUUGAUUCCCCUGACCUACCCGCCCCCGUCACUCCUCUCAAGGUCUUCUGUACUAUUAAGGAGCCAGAGAUCGUUUUGUUUGCCGACCCUAGUCUCGAGGACAGUCGUAUAGUUGUCCUCAAGGCUGAUAUUGAAGUGGACAUGGUGAACAAUGAAAAAACACAGAAGCUUGUAUCCAAAGUAAAAGAUCUUAAGAUGUAUUCGGCCCAAUAUUCAACUCAACAUGCCGUCAGCAGCUGGGUGAUACAGCCUUGUGAUCUGACUUUUGAGAGGACGUACAACAUUUUAGAAAACCAUGUUGAUAUGUCGGCUCAUAUUACGGAGCUGAUAUUGUGUACGUCUCCAAGUGUCCUCCAUUUUGCCUUUGAUGUGUUGGCCUUGAUGGGAGGCAAAGAUUCUGAGGUGGAUGGUUUUGACCUGACAUCAACUAUCCUACACAGAAGAGCCUGUCUACAGCUUAUCCCCCUCACCCCAGACAAGCAUUCCAUCAAGUACUGGUUUUUGUUGGAAAUAGAUGUUUCCCAUGGUCGCAAGGUCAUCAACAUUCUUUCACCACUCAAGGUCAAGAACAGUCUGACCCUUGAUCUGGACAUCCUGUGUAAGACUGCUGACCUUGAGAAGUAUCUACCGGAAAGGGAUGUCCUUGGCAGUAAGGAGUACACUAAACUGGCCACUCUGGCGCCAGACCAGGACUAUAAUGUACCUCUGUUCCUGGCCUACCACUGCGACCUGUUUGUGUGUCCAACACAGCUGAGUCGAUACCAGAUACACAACAAGGGUAUCUACUGGAAGGACCUGCUGAUGACGAAGGAAAAGGCCAAGUGUUUUACCUGUCAGGGUUCCGGAGAAGAUAGGUCAUUCAACCUCAAGGUAUUGUGUAAGGAGCAAACGAAACUGCAGCCGAGUCAAGAGAUCCCUAAAGGUGUGCCGUACUACGUGCUUCAUGUAAAGGCUCCUGUCAUGAUCCACAACUAUCUUCCUUACGACAUCCAAUUCUCGUUAGAGGGUACAGGAAAUUUUAGCAGUCUGACCCAUGGGGAGAGCACACCCCUAUACACAGUGGAACAGGCUACUCCUCAAAAACUACACAUACAGUUACAAGACUACAUUGGCUGUGAUUGGACAGGGAUAUUUGAGAUCUCGCAGGGAUUGGAGGAAUUCAAAGCGGUCUCCAUGGCACCUUACGAUUGUGCUAUGGAUGAAAACAGUAACAAACAAUUGACUAUCAUCGUCAAUGCCAAAGAAAAAUUAUCACUUGACCUCUAUUUCUACAGUCCUUAUUGGGUCCUUAACAAGACUGAGCUCCCUAUUCAGAUACGGGGCUCUGGGUCUGAUGCAGUUUAUGACUGUUGUCCUUCCAAUGCUGUUCCUUUGCUCUUCCGUUUCAAGAAAACAAAACGAAAAAAGGCGAAGGUGCGAGUGUACAACUCAAAAUGGUCCCAGUCCUUCUCCAUGGAUACCAUCGGUAACUCUGGUGUGGUCAUCUGCUAUGACAAGGAACGCCAGAAAAGAUACAGGAUGAUGCUACAAUGUCAGUGGUCAAGCUUGAAACUGACUCGGAUUGUAACCAUACUACCUUUCUUCCUUGUCGUCAACAAUUCUUCACAUAAUCUACGAUAUAUGGAGGAAAACGAAGAAACGGACCUGUGGGAGGACCUUAAAAAGGGCAAGUGCUGCCCUCUGUGGCCAAGGACAACAAGUGAGAAGAUGUUCAUAAAAUAUGAGGACAGCGCAGUCGUCUCUGAACACAUUCCAUUCAACGUUCUCAACAAUACUGUACUGCGUAUGGAGCAUGGGUCUGCCCUGUGUGUAGAGGUUUCUGGCGGCAUCGAGACUCCAAGAACGAUCACAUUUUCUGAUUAUGACCCCGGAGACGCUCCAGUGAGAGUGGAAAAUCUUUGUGAUGAUGUUUUCAUUACUAUCCAUCAAAUAAACCAGCACCAGAUGACCGUACUGCCAGCUGACCGGUCCAUACUUUAUACCUGGGACGACCCCACAGGGCCCAGAAAACUUAUGUGGAAUGUCUACGGUUGUUCCAACAAACAAGACUCUGAAGUCGACAUUUCCAAGGAUGGUUUCUACUUCAAGCAGCUGAAGAUUCAACUGGUUCAGGAGUCGGGGACAUACAAAUACAGCCCUCAGCAAGGACGGCAUCAUCAUGACAGCAGCCCAGAGGAUGACAGUGAUGCUGUAGACUAUAUGUACGAUAGUGAUAUUGACAAUUCAACUAUGCUGAAAACAAACUCCUACAAGAUGAAGAUUUUCUGGAUUUCCUUCUUGGAUGGACAGCAAAGAGUGGUUCUGUUCACAAGAGACUCACGGGUCGCAGAUGCAGCACGUAUGAUGAAUGAAGGAGAACAGGCCUCCCUGCUGACGAUGUUUUCUUUAGAUGGAUUAUCUUUGUCUGUGGUGAGCGAGGCUUACGAGGAGGUUGCCCUGGUCAGUGUGUCCAGCAUGCCAGCCAUGUGGCAGAUUGAGGUCAAGAACAAACUCAAGGUCCUAGAGGAUGUCACCUUGGUGACCUGGUUAGAGGAUAAAUGGAUCCACGGGCUGUCCCAGGCCAGUCUAGAGGAUCGGAUAGAGGUGGACUUUGCCAACAUGCGGAUGACCAAGCCUUACAUUGGAGAUUUGUGCCGUGUGUGUCCACCUGGGAUGUUGUUCCAGUACAGGAGAUCUGAGCACCAGACAUUCAUACAUGCCAAAGUCCACCAUAUACAGGUUGACAACCAGCUCCACGAUGCCUACUACCAAACUGUCUUACAUCCAGCUCCUAUACCCCUAAAUAUGAUCAAGAAAAAGGGACCAAAACCUUUCAUAGAGUUCGGCAUGAUUCGUCGCUGUGUUCCGGAAAAUAAUGUUGACACCUUCAGACAACUACAGGUGAUCAUACAGGAAUUCAGUGUCCAGCUUGACUGGGGAUUCAUCGAGUCCAUUCAGGACACAUUUGCUGACCUUGUGCCUAAACAGGAGUCUGAGUGUGCAAGAUUGCAGUCUGACCUUAUUUUAGCACAGAAGCAUCUUAAUGACCUCGCUGAGGUCAAGGAUAGAAGCACAAAAAGGAUAUUCUUUGAGAUGUGUAAAAUUUCUCCACUCAAGCUACAUGUGAGCUUUUCCUUCCGCGGAACACCACACCUGACUCGAGACAUCCAGCCAAAUAUGACUUCAGACAUCAAAGAGUUCCUCCGUAACUCUGUUGGAGCUACUUUUAUUGAAGUUAAGGACGUGGAGCUGAAGUUUGGAUAUUUUGAGAAACGGGGUGCCUCGUUGUCAUGGAAUCAGCUGACCAAUCAGGCGGUAGCCCACUACCGCCAACAGCUGAUCCUACAGGUGUACGUGGUGGUUCUGGGUCUAGAUGUACUGGGAAACCCCUACGGUCUGAUGCAGGACAUCUCACAGGGUCUCGGGGACCUCUUCUACGAACCUCUGCUGGACACAAUUCAAGGAGAUGAUGAAUUCUCCGAGAACAUGAUCAGGGGCUUUCAGAGUGCCAUGGGGCACAUAGUGGGUGGCGGGGCGAACUCUGUAGCAAGGAUCACAGGCUCAUUUGGUAGUGCCUUGGCAUACCUCUCAUUUGACAAGGAAUUCCAAAAGAAACGUAGACGACGAAUGCAACAACAGCCAGCAGACUUGCCUCAUAGCAUGGCUAUGGCGGGAAAGGGUUUCCUGACAGGGAUCAAAUUCGGACUGACAGGAAUUGUAUUGGAUCCCUACCAAGGUGCCUCGGAAGAUGGAGUCGAAGGGUUCUUCAAAGGCAUUGGACGCGGCAUCCUGGGUCUAAUCACACAGCCCAUAGGGGGAGUAUUAGACAUGGUCAGUCUAGCGUUUGAUGGUGUACGAAGGGCAGCCGAGCUGGAGGGCGGCGUUGUGAUGCGAAUGAGGCUACCUAGAUGUAUAGACCACUAUAGAGGCCUGAAACCCUACUCCGAUUACCGGGCCAGAGGGAGCCACAUACUAAAGGGAUUAAAGGGAGGCAAAUACUCCAAGACGGAUGUGUUCAGGAACUUUGCUCCUCUUAGUCAUGAGGAUAAAGCUGACUUAGUCUUCAUCACAAACAGACAUAUCUUAUACCUGGAGAAGAGUAGAUUUUCUGGUGGCUAUGACGUUGAAUGGGAAGUUGAGUUAAAGAGCAUUCUUGGUGUUCCCGCCAUUAUAGAAGAUGAGAAGAAGCUUGUGAUACAUCUAAAGGACAAUACUGGUUCUCUGUUCAGUGACAAUAAUGUUGAGAUAACCAGUCUAGAAAUUGACAUUCUAAAGUGGAUCCAGAAGAAAUUAGAGACUGUUCUUAAUAACCAAAUUUACAAGGUCUGACAAGAAAACACUACCACGGUGUAAACAGAUUAAAGAAGAGACAUUAUUCAAAUAACAUCAUGACAAGUUUUUACAACAUGUGGGGAAAAUCUUAUGCAGGUAGUUAAAAGUAGAUAGAAAAAUCAUGUUCCCUGAAAAGCUUGAAAGAGUACAGGAUGCUGUCAUCACACUUUACAAGGAUUUAAGCCUGCACUGACAUUGAUGGAUGAAAAAUAUGCUAUAUGUUUGUCAGUAGAUAUAUAUAUAUUACUCAUCUGUAGAAAUCAUAAGUAAAUGUAUUUAAAUAUCAUGCAAUGAAACUGUACAAGAUGUGACUGUUAAUUUAUAUCAUAUAUGCAUAAUUAUUUUGCAGUCAUGCUUGAUUGAUUUCAGCUUUUGUGACAUCUUCAUACACUUUGAAAUACUCUCGUUAAUUUUUGAAUUGUGUGAUGUGCUUAUUGUGCAGUUAAUUUAUGAAGAAAUUUGAACAGAUGCACAGAAUUGUUUCAAGACUAUACACAUGCAUAUUGACAUUGAUAGAUCAUUAAGUUUUGUUUACUAGAGAACUAUAUAAAUUUAUUUCUUACAAUAUUAUAAUUCAUGUUAACUUUUCGUUUUUUAAUGAGUCAAUGCAUUUUCUGAACAGAUGUAUUUCUGUGAAAAUCAGUGAGUUUUAAAGGUUGUUCGUUUGUUAAAUAAGGCCAUGAAACAAUUGGAAACAGUCUUAUGUAGAAAUUAAACAUUUAAACAUUGUGGCAAUUAAUCUAAAAUAGAAAGGUUUAAGGCAAAAUAAGGCUGUCUUGUGGAUGUCAUUUAGUUAGUCUGUUCAGAGAUGUCUGAUGUCAUGUGUUGUUUUGGUGAAGACAAUUUUCAGUAAAGACAAGCCUGAGUAAAGUCAGAUGUUGGUGAAGUCAGGUGUCAGUAAAGUCAGGUGUCAGUAAAGUCAGGUGUUGAUAUAGUCAGGUGUUGAUAAAGUCAGGUGUUGGUAUAGUCAGGUGUUAGUAAAGUUGGUCAGUAAAGGCAGGUGUCAGUGAAGUCAGGUGUUAGUAAAGUCAGGUGUCAGUAAAGUCAGACUCAGUAAAGUCAGGUGUUAGUAAAGUUGGUCAGUAAAGUCAGGUGUCGGUGAAGUCAGGUGUUAGUAAAUUCGAGUCAGUAAAUUCGGGUAUUAGUUAGGUCAGAUGUCUGUGAAGACAGGCAAAGAUAAAGUGAUAUGCCAGUUUACAUAAUUUAAGGAAUUUUUCACUAUAAGCGCUAUAUAUAUUUGUAUUUCCUUUCAAAACUUAGCAUAGUCCUACUUAGAAAAGCAAAUUUUACAUUGUGUGACCAAAGAUUAGGAAGGUGGAUAUCUUAGUGUUCACAUUAUUGAUUUUAAAGAAUUCAGUGUUUUUAUCAAGGUACAUUUACUCCUUGUUUUUAUUGUUGCCAUAAAUAUUUGUAAUUUUGAUUUACCUCAAAAGUCAUUUAAGUUGAAGAAAAACUUCUGAGGCCAGUGCAGUAAUGUUUUGUUUUUUUGUUUUUUUUCCCACUGAUUGUAUGCAUAUGUUUUAAAUGGGCAAAUACCUACAGUAUCACAAAUCAGCCAUUUCUAAAUAUUCUGUAAGCUGCAGAUAGUUCUCCUGUUUAUUUUUUUCAUCAAAAGAGAGAGCUUAUUCAAAAUAUGGGUAAACGCAUUAAUUUCAAAUUUCAGUAGACAUAGUUAGCAUUGUGUGAAUGGCUUUUCAUGUGUACAUUGUUUUUUUUGGUGUAAUGCUUUACAAACAUUUCAGAAUCUCGCCAUCUUAAAGAACUCUUCAUUCAUAAAAUGAUGUGUAAAACCAUUUUGCUACCUAUAUGCUUAUUUGGAUAAGCAUGUACCCUAUAAGGUGAUAUUUGAAAUGAAAAACAAUAUUGCAAUUAGAUGAAAUUGAUUUGGUCUGAAAAAACCUUCACACAAAAUAAUAUGCUUUACAGGGGAGAUAACUCUUCUAAACCAGGGGAGAUAACUCCUCUGAAAUCAAUAUUCCCUGUAGGAGCAAGCUAAACUCGAGUUAAUAUUUUGAAAGUUACAGAUUUAUUUAUGGAAUGCCUAUAUUAUAUACAAGGAGUGUUUUACACUUAAUAUGACCAUGAUGUAUUCCAGGUUUCUAGUUAUGAUUAAUGAACUUCUUGUAAUAUUCACAGAGACUGAAAAAUAUACCAGUGUAUUGUUGAUUGUGACCAUGUGGAUAUCAAUAUUUUUUAGGCCAAGUAUACUUUUUUUUUUGUGAUAUUCUUUGAUAUUAUAUGAUUCAAACAUAAUUGAAUUUAUUUUCUUAUCUUUUUCUUUAUUUAUUACCAUAAUACUAUUUUUAUAAACCCUUCACUUUUAAUUAAUGUUUUGUUUUUACAUUUACUCACAUUAUUUACAUUUGUAUCAUUUUAUUUCAUAUAAAUUGUUAAAAUAUAUUUAAAAUCUAAUAUACACUCACAAAUAUAGCUGUUAUUGUUGAUAUGUUGUUGUUCUAUGUUUUUACUUUUUUAUCUCUUAAAGGGACAUUCCUUCAUUUGAACUAAAUGUAUGUUGCCAAAAUGAAAUUUAAUGGCCGGGAAUUAUGUAUUUUUCUGAAGCAGUUAAAGUAAUCAUUUUUUAAUGAAUACAGCAGUUUUACUCUCAAGAGAAACCAAAGUACUUCAAGUAUCAAAUCACAAAAAUUCUUAAUUGACCCGAAGUAUCACUAAUUACCACAAAGGCUGAUGGUAUUUGUGUACAAUACAUUAUUAUUCUUUUCUUUCUUGCAUUACUUUCAUUACUGGUAUAGGCAUAAAACCUCAUUUAAUACUCAUUCGGAAAUAGAUUUUAUAAACAGAAAUUUUGCACGUUUCUGUUGUCAAAAAGAAGGAAUGCCCCUUUAAUGUAAUGAUGACAUAUCCCAGGGUACACCAUCACCAAUUCGUUUUCAUGUAUAUUUGUAUGUACAUGUACCAGCUCAAUUUUUAGACAUUUAUAGGUUGUCUUGAUUUCACCCCAGCUCAUCAGCUGAAAGGUCAUGAGGAUGUAUUAAUUAGCAGACAUAAAACUUGUUAAAUGAAUAAAUAUAAACAAAUAAAUAAAUUUAUUUAGCCACUGAUUUUCUGAUAAUGGUGAUAAUUCUAUUAUAAAUGGAGAAUUUUUUAUCAGCAUUCUUACUUGUUGGUGUGAUGUCUGCAAUAUUUCUUGACAAUAUUUAAAAUACAUAUGCGAUAUGCUGACAAAAAAAUCUGAAAUUAAUAUUCAUUUCAUAUUUAGAUUUCAUCAAAAGAGUCUUUGUUUUCAUUUUUGCAAGCAUUAAUGUUAAAAACGAGUCAUGACAUCUCAUAUCAACAAAUUUAAGAUACUUUUUAUCACAUAACUAAGGAAACUCACAUUUUGAUAGAUUUUUAAAUCAAAAUUUUACAAAGGCAAAUUCACUGGAUAACAGAACGAUAAGCUGAUAAAAGAACACUUCAAUCAAAUUGUUGAUAUUUCUCCAUUUAAGUUUAUAACAAAAAAAUCUCAGCGAAGUAGAAGUUCAGUGAAGUUUCUGUUCCGAGAUGUUUUUGGACUGUCCAGGGUAUGGCCUACCGUAUAGCAUAAUCUGUUAUUUAAAACAUCUAAUUUUGCUCCAUUUUUUUUUUCUCUCUUAAUUUUAUUGUUUUCAAACAAGAACAAAACAAUGUUCAAUGAGUGCUACUUCAUCUUUGUAAUUUUUUGACAGAGAUUUUUAACAUUAUGUAUAGACAAAAUUUGUGAAAUAGAAGGUUUGUUAUCAGAUGUGUGGACAACACCUAUAAAGUAAAGGAAGGUUAAGUCCAAGGAAACUUCAAUUGCUUUAUUUUAUUAAUGAUGUCAUACUUACCUGAUCAUAUUAUUCCCAAACUCCUCCGCAUCAAUUUGAUUUUUCUGUCACUUCUUAAUCAAAUUCUACCUAUUUGGAACUGUUUCGUAAGUACUAAAAGGUAUUUCACUCUUGAAUAUAUCACUGUUUUGAUAUUUCUUAAUCAACUGGUAAAUUACUUUAUGAACAUGAUAGUUGAAACUUAAUAGCAUUAAAAUGGGCACCGUAUCAAGAAUACUUUAUAAUUUGAACGAAAAGUUCAUUAAAUACAAAAAAAAAGGAAUGCAAUUCUUAAAAGGUGAGCGUAGCUUUAUUUUUUUGUCUAAAUUCUGAAAAUUGCACCAGAGGUCAUUCACAAUGUCGCAAUUUUGGAAGUGGAAGGAGGGCAGGUAUCCCCUUUCAAGCAGAGGUGGCUUUACAUGCCCCUAAUGUUACAAAAAUAAAAUUAAAAAAAAAUUCUUCAUAAUGUAUAGAAUAUGUUUAGGUUUUAAGGGACUGAUGUUUUAGGUGAAUAUUUUAAUUGUAUAUUUGUAGGAUCUUCUCACUGUUAAAAACUAUGUGCAAUAUUAAUGAUAAUCAUGAUUUGCUAUACUUUACAAAUUAUGCAUAUGUAAUAUCAUAUACUGUUCGUCAGUAGAGGGUAAGAUUUUGUUAAUACAUACAUGUAUGAUUUAUUCAUAAUGGCUUUUCAACCUUGUAAUUCUGUUUUGUUUUUCCAAAAAUAUGUUUCAAAAACAUUUUAGUUUAUAGUAAUAUGGCUGGCGAUUAUACAGUGUAUCAUUUCUAAGGUUGAACUUUUUUUCCCGUGGGAUAAAGAAAAUGUACAGAAAAUUAGUUUAUUGUGAGAGCUGGGUCAUGCAUGAUUAUUACGGAAAUAGGUUGAAAGUGAAUUAUUAUCGCAGAGCAUGGAAUAGAUGAAACAUGGUAUAUAUAUAGUACAACGGAAUAUUUCAUUUGUAAGUUGGUGAAUUAAACACGGUUGUGUAUAGUACAAUGGAUUGUAUCAUACACUGUAUGUGAGAUGGUGAAAUAGACUAUAGGUAAAUAUGGUUGUAUUUUUAUUAAAUUGUGCCGUACGGCUGAUGUAAUGAAUAGACAUGCUAACAUUAUGGAUUGUAUCAAAUAUUAGAGGUUAGUUAGAUUAAAUAUGGUUGUAUUUUUAUUAAAUUGUGCCAUACGGCCGAUGUAAUGAAUAGACAUGCUAACAUUAUGGAUCGUAUCAUAUUAGGGGUGAGUUAGAUUAAAUAUGGUUGUACUUUGUGUCGUGGCAAGUAUAACAGACUACUGGAAUUUCCUACGUAUUACCCACUUGAGGCAAACAGAGGCAGAAAGUAAAAUGCAGCAAUAUUUAACAUUUUGUAAAAAUGCUUUGAGAUAAACCGACACCGAUAGAUUACCCAGUGUCAUAUGUUUGAUUUAACUUUUCUAUUCAAAUUUGACAAUUCAUAUUAUUUUCUGGAAUUAUUGUGGGUGUCUAAAGGUACUUCCGUACUCUUGUAUGUUCUAAAAUAUAAACAUAAUUGUGUAGUAAUUUUAUGUAUACAAGGUAUCUAGCAAAAGUAUGCACUUUGAUGAUUUUAGAAGUAAAAAAAACAUAAAGUCCACAUGUGUACACAUUUAUGUUACAGAAAACGUAGAUAACUCACUUUACCAGCUAGCCAUCAAAUGUAAAUCAGAUUGGCCAUUUGUAUACUUCAAACGUACAUAUUUUAGCAAUAAUUUUGUUUUAGUGCUUUUCACAUUAAAUCAUUCAUUGCACCAAUGAAAGUUUCUAAAUAUUGUUUUCUACGAGAAUUGUGUUAAUGUGCCGAUUUAUCAUUGCGCUUAAUUGUUUGAAUUUAGUUAUGUACUAAAAUUUGAGUAUUCUAAAAUAAAUAUGUUUUGAGAUCUCCGAGGGUAUACGUAGGAAAUGACGGUAGAUAUGUUAUCAUUGUAUAUUGGAUUGUAUUGUAUGUAAGGCGAUGUGUUAGAUUAAAUACGGUAAUAUUAUGACUAAUUGUGCCAUGUAUGGCAGGUGUAAUAGAUUAACGGUAAAUAUAGAUCAUGUCAGUGUUAGAUGAUAACAUAACUCUAUAUUGGGGACCAAGGCUAUGUAUGUACUUAUGUACUGUGUCGGACCUAAUUGGCAAUCCUGAUUAAUUUCGGAAAAUUUGACGUGAUUUUUGAAAUUUUUCUGUGAUUUGUUAAAACCUUACAAAUUUUAAAAAAGUAAUAUUUUUAAAGUGAAGAUAUUUUCAGCAAAUUGGUUACAAAAUUUAAGGAAUGGAAUACUUGUCCAGAAAAAUGGAGUACAUGAUUCUUAAAUGACAACAGGUAUUGCUUAUUUGGUGGUUUACGGUACGUGUAUAUAAUGUGUGUGUGUACAUGUACCAUAUAUAUUAUGUGUAAAUUCAAGUGAAAAUUUUGGCGUCUUGAAUAUUUUUGCUAAAUCUAAUUUGUCAGUCUGGAAUUUGCACAUUUGUCGACUGCUUUAAAAAUAUGAAUUACAUCAAUUGUAUCAUCAUCCCACAAGAAAAUAUAUACUACAUGUAAUAUUAACAAUGAGACUGUGAAAACUUCCAAACCUGAAUAUUUCCACUUGUCUCAUUACCGUGUAUAAAUGACAUUUAUAAUAUACAUAAUACUGACAACACCCCUUCCUAACCAUUUUGUUGUGUAAAGCUAUAUAUAGCCAUGCAAUCUAAUAUGUUUUGUGAUCUGGUUAGAUAUUUAUAAAUUAAUAUAUAUAUAUAUAUGUAUGUAUACAUUAUAUUGUGAUAGUGACAAAUAUGUUUUUCAUUGUAGGGGAACAGAUAUAACACAAAUCAUUCCUUUAUUGAUUUAAUUAAUUGAUUUAAUUAAUUGGUUUGUGUUAUAGUGCUGUAUUGUUAACUGAAUAAUUGUAAUUUGAUCACUUUUGAUCAAUAGAGAAAGAUAUUAAUAAUUUUAUUUACAAUUGAAACAGUACAUUUUCUGUAACCUGUAUGUAGAUUAUAUCUCAAUUAUUUACAAUUCAAAAGUUAACAAUUGAUGCCAUAUGAAGAGGUUGAUCCUAUUGUUCUCUAACCUUCAUAUUUAUAACCGAUCUCCAGGACUUAUAGAGAUUACAUUGAACUCAGUUUUCUGCAUGAAACCACCAGUUUCUUCGCCUGUAUAACCACAUGGCUUUACUAUCUCAAAGUUCAGAUAGAAGUUUUCUAAAUAUUGCAUUUUGUCAACAGUUUAAACAUUUUGCAUUUUUAAAAUAGCUAUUUAAUUGUCAACAUGCAGUUAUUUUGGUAUAAAAUCUUAUUUGCAUCAUGGUACAAGUAUCCUCUUAACCUUGAUAUGUUGACGUUUUUCUACACCUUUAGGAUAUUUAACUUGCAGUUACUGAUUUUAGUUUCUAAAACUUAAACAUAAUUUCUUUUUAGAAACAAAAUUUAAAGUGUAAGAUAUACCAUAAAAUAACAAAAAUGCAAUGGUAAAAUAUUGUCUUGUGAAAACUUACAUCUGAGCCAAGAGAUUUUGGAGCUAGGUAUAGCAGUGACAACUACUGCUGGCUGUAUAUGUUAUACAUAACUGUAUCCCAGCACUGUUAAUGCCAUAUAGAAAGGUUUAUCCAAGGUUUCCCUAACCCACUCAUAUUUAUCAAUUCCUGUGUUCUAUAUCAAGAUAUGUGUAUUUCAUAGUUUAUGUGACUGACAUAUUUAUGUUAACUUAAAUACAAACCGGGACUUUUGACAUUAAAUGUUCUGAAGUGUGUAUGUCAUUAUUCCUGGUUUACUCACAAUUGUGAUUAUUGUUAUAUGUCAAGUGGACUAUUUUAAACUUAAUAAAGUGCUAACACUGUC